UUCUAUAUGCGUUAUGAUCAAUUGCUUACGAUGUAUUACGUUUUACGUUUCAAUUGUGCAUUGCAUAAAACAUUAACGUGUAAAUUGAAAAUAUUUUGAUCUAUAAAAAAUCGCAACUCAUUUUCCUACAUAAUAUCGCUGUCUCACCAAGAUAAAUCUAAAGCUAAAAACAAACGCAAUCAAUAAGAAUGACAGAAACUUCUACGAAACAGAUACAAAAUAGUGCACAUAAAAAAAGUAACUUCGAUAAAAUUAUGAAAAAUCUCAACCAAUGAGGAUUACACAACUACUUAAAGUAGAAGAGAGUUCAAAGAAAACUCAAAAGAAUAGUGCACAUAAGAAAGAUUAUGAAAAAUCUCAACCAAUCAGAAUUACACAACUGCUUAAAGAAGAAGAAACCUUAAAAAGAACUCAAAAGAAUAGUGCACAUAAGAAAGAUUAUGAAAAGUCUCAACCAGUUAGAAUUGCGCAACUACUUAAGGAAGAAGAAACCUUAAAAAAAACUCAAAAAUAUAGUGAGCGUAAAAAAGCACUGCCUGAAAGAUUGGGUCCACUUUCAAGUACAAAGAGUACAGUGAAGGAUAAACCUGUUGGAAUUAACAAACAGGAUCAAUCUUUACGUGUCGAGAAACGUGUACGUAGAAAUCUCAAUUUUAACGAAAUUCCUCACAGCAUUCUAGAAAAUAAUGAAAAUAAAAAUAAGUCAAAUAAAUUUAUAAUCAAUGAACCAAUUUCUAAAGAAAUUCAUACUACUUCGAACAAGAAAAGUUUAUUGUUACCACCAAAUACUAUAAAACAUAAACAUAUACAAAAAUGUGCUAAAAAUGUAGAUAAACAUUCAAAGAGACAAGAAGUAUCUGAAAAAGAUGUAUCUACUGUUAGGAAAAGUGAUGCUCGAAUUUAUUCUAUUAUGCGCAAAGAAAAUAGGGAAUGGGAAUUGAACAGCAGCUUGUUGUUAAAUAAUAAAUCGCCUGGCAAAACUUCUGUUAAAUUUAAAUGCAUAAAGACAUCUAAUGGAUGUGAAACUGCCAAAGUUUCAAACUCCUUAGGUCUAAACAUUAUUGAUAAAAGUCGUCCGCAGUGCUCUGAAAUUUCAAGCGUAAAGAAAUUCUUGCAGUCUUCUCGUUGUACGACUUAUCAAGAGAUAACGGUAAACAACGAAGAUCAGUUAUGUAUACAAGAUAAUUUAAUUCACGAGGUCUUGAUUCCAAACGAAAUUAAUUCAAAAAAUGAAGUAUUUGACAAGUCAGAAGAUCAAAAUUUAUGUAAUGAUCUGCAAGAUACAAAGCUAGUGGUGGCUAAAAACGAUAUUAAUGGAAAACCUACUUCGUCCGAAAUGAUCUAUGUAAACAAAAGUGAGCUUAUCCAUUUAGAAUACGAAUUGAAAAAUUUGCUAAGCACAAUGGAAGAUAAGAUGUCUGAAGUAAAAUCGACAUUAAUGUGCAUCACAAAAUUGUUAUCUGUAAAUAAUGAACAAGUUAUACAACCCAACAUUUACAUAGAAAAACAAAACUACUCUGAAUCAGGGAAAGUACAUAAUAUGAUGUUAGGCAAAGAAGUUCAAGGAACAAUUUGCCAUAAACUGUUGCCACAAGCUAAAGAAAAUUUAGGAACACCUAUUUCGCAUGUUCCACAAGUAUAUGUAAACAGUGUAAAACGUAUAAGUCCAAACAGAUCGAAUAAAAGUAAUAAAGAAAACCACGAGGUCACAAUUGAAAGUAAUACGCCUGCCGAUGGGAACGAAAGUUUCUUAAAUUUAGAAGAACAAUUAAACAUUACAUGUGAAAAGUUUGUUCAGGCUCAUUGUACUCAACAGAGAACACCUACAGUUACAAGGUAUAAGCAAAAACGUUCGCUCAGGGAGUAUAUGGCUUUAAAGUCGAGUAUAGGAUUUUUAGAAACUCCGGAUGGCAAAGGAUUCAAGUCUACGUGUCGAGAAAGCAAUAUAGAUACGUCUAUUCUUAAUAAGUCAUACAUUUCAAAUAAACUGCUUUUAAAUAUUCAAAAUUUAUAUUCUGAUUCACCAGUAUCUGAUUAAAUGUGAUGAAAUUAGAAACAGUUAAACAAACGUGUAAAUAUUAGGGAUGUGGCUGGUCGGAUAAUGGUAAAAUAAAUCGAAGUAUAGAAAUUCUUCUUGCCAAAAUAGAUCGAGAAGUUCUCUACCAUUUGUAAUUCGAUUUUUGUAACGUGCUAUUUAAAUGUACGCGCGCAGUGGUACUAUAUGCAUUACAUUUGCACGUGAGAAACGCCCCCCCCCCUCCCGAAAGUUGAAGUCCGAAAUUCAACUUCUUACGUUCAUUUUUAAAGUAAAACUUUUAAUACGAAGUAUUUCUUUGUCCAUCGUUUUAACACUGAACCGAGUGAAACCAAUUUUAAU